AUGGGGGUAAUGAUCAAUCAUACUGUGGGGGUAAUGAUCAAGGAUACUGUGGGGGUAAUGCUCAAGGAUACUGUGGCGGUAAUGAUCAAGGAUACUGUGGGGGUAAUGAUCAAGGAUACUGUGGCGGUAAUGAUCAAGAAUACUGUGGGAGUAAUGAUCAAGGAUACUGUGGGGGUAAUGAUCAAUGAUACUGUGGGGGUAAUGAUCAAGGAUACCAUGGGGGUAAUGAUCAAGGAUACUGUGGCGGUAAUGAUCAAGGGUACUGUGGGGGUAAUGAUCAAGGAUACUGUGGCGGUAAUGAUCAAGGAUACUGUGGGGUUUGUAUAUUUAUUCUAUAAUUUAACGGAAUGUAGAUUAUAA